UCCCGUUCAUAUCCAGGAGUCCAUCAUCCACCCAUAAUCCCUACCGACGAUGCAUUUGGAUCUCUGUUUCUUUCUUAUCUCUCGCCUUUCUUCUCCUUUACAUCGUCGUCUCCUCCCGCAGCUCGACUUCUGCUCGAUUUGGGAUUGUUAUCGACGGCGGGAGCUCUAGCACCCGGAUCCACAUAUUCUCCUCUAAGGGAAUCAUGGGUGGCUUUCCUUUGCUCGAUUUGAAGUCGAUGGCGAUGAUGCGGAAGACGCCCGGGCUGUCAUCUUACUUAGGGGACCCGGAGCUCUCCGGGGAGUCCUUGGUGGAGCUGUUGGAGUUCGCUAAGGAGAAAGUGCUGAACGACUGGCACAAGGUCACGGAAGUUAGGCUAAUGGCAACAGCGGGCUUGAGAAUGGUCGAAGUGGGACUGAGGGAAAGAAUUUUGGAGUCUUGCAGGAGGGUCCUGAGAUUGUCAGGCUUUCAAUUCAAAGAUGAUUGGGCGACUGUGAUACCGGGUUUGUAA